AUGUCCAUUAUAUCGAUCCACGCCCGUCAAAUUUUCGAUAGUCGAGGAAAUCCCACAGUUGAGGUCGAUUUGAAAACAUCAAAAGGUCUUUUCCGCGCUGCUGUUCCAAGCGGAGCUUCAACAGGUAUCCACGAAGCUCUUGAAUUACGCGAUACGGAUUCAAAGGCUUAUAUGCGUAAAGGUGUUCAGACAGCGGUUAAUAAUGUGAAUAACAUUAUUGCUCCAAAACUCAUUGCGCAAAAAAUCCCGGUCACUGAUCAGGCAGCUGUUGAUAGAUUUAUGAUCGAUCUUGAUGGUACUGCGAACAAAGAAAAACUCGGAGCCAAUGCUAUUUUGGGAGUAUCCCUGGCUGUAUGCAAAGCUGGUGCAGUGGAAGCCGGUUUACCCCUCUACAGAUAUAUUGCAAGAUUAGCUGGCCACGACCAUGUCAUAAUGCCUGUUCCAGCAUUCAAUGUUAUUAAUGGUGGAAGUCAUGCCGGCAACAAAUUAGCCAUGCAAGAAUUUAUGAUCCUACCUACUGGAGCCAGCUCUUUCACUGAAGCAAUGCAAAUCGGUUCUGAGGUCUACCACAAUUUAAAGGCUGUUAUUAAACGUGAAUACGGAUUGGAUGCAUGCAACGUUGGUGACGAAGGUGGUUUUGCACCGAGCAUACAGGAUAAUAUGAAAGGUCUUCAACUGCUUGAAGAGGCUAUAAAGAUUGCUGGAUAUACAGGAAAAGUGGAGAUUGGUAUGGAUUGUGCUGCCUCUGAGUACUACAAGAAUGGAAAGUAUGAUUUAGAUUUCAAGAAUCCUCAAUCUGCAGAAUCUACAUGGCUGAGCCCUGACGCAAUGGCUAAUGUGUACAAGGAAAUGAUUAGCAAAUAUCCAAUUGUGAGCAUUGAGGAUCCAUUUGAUCAAGAUGAUUGGGAAACCUGGCCUAAACUGACUGCUUCAACCAAAAUUCAGAUUGUUGGAGACGAUUUGACCGUUACCAAUCCAAAACGUAUCAAAAAGGCGAUUGAUUUAAAGGCUUGUAACUGUCUUCUUCUGAAAGUAAAUCAGAUUGGUUCAAUAACUGAGUCCAUUGAAGCUUGCAAGUUGGCACAAAACGCAGGAUGGGGUGUUAUGGUUUCACAUCGAUCAGGUGAAACGGAAGACAAUUUCAUUGCUGACCUAGUUGUUGGUCUUUGCACCGGGCAGAUAAAAACAGGUGCACCUUGUCGCUCUGAACGUUUGGCUAAAUACAACCAACUCUUACGUAUUGAAGAGGAAUUAGGAGCGUCAGCAAAAUAUGCUGGGAAAAACUUCCGCCAUCCUAACGCAUAA